AAUUGGUUAUGGCGACCCGUACGCUCAUAGAUGGCUAUAUCCAACUACCUGCGAUUCAAUUCACAGUAGUCCGUCGAAUCCAAGGUUUCCCUUUCGUUCCAAUCCUUAACCUCCUCUCCCCCUGCGCAAAAUAGCAAAAUGGCAAACUCGACUCAGCUCAAGUCCGGCGCCCUACUGGAGCAGAUGAAGCUCCACCUCUCCACCGACGCCGGCAAAGAGAUCACCAAGAAAGUCGGCCUCGUCUAUCAAAUCAACAUCGCUCCCAAGAAAAUUGGAUUCAACGAGGAGAUCUACGUGGUUGACCUUAAGAAAGGAGAGGUUACGAAAGGGCCAUAUGAGGGCGGGAAGCCUGAUGCCACCUUCUCUUUCACGGACGAAGAUUUUUUCAAGGUUGCCACUGGCAAGAUGAAUCCCCAAAUUGCUUUUAUGAGAGGUGCAAUGAAGGUUAAAGGCAGUUUGAGUGCUGCGCAGAAAUUCACACCGGACAUUUUCCCCAAGCCUUCUAAGAUGUGAGCAGACAUGUUGGCAUGUUAGUUGUUUGAUUCACUUUACGUGAUUUUCAAUGUGUCCGAUGCUAAUGAUUUGUAGACUUGAAAGAAUAUCAGGUAAUAGAAAGGGAUAAGAACCGUCAAUCAGUAUUUCUGAUAAAUGGGUAGUCUUUGUUUAUGGAUUAUAUACAGUGGGGCUGAAUGUAAUGCCCUUUCUUUAAAAGCAAUUCGGAAUAACAAUCGUGCUGCCAACAUUUAA